GCAAAUCCAACAUUUAUGGUUAACCCAGGACAACCAAAGUGUGAAAGUUUAAAUCCUGAAGAAUUCCAGUAUGCUCAAACUAUGAUAUUUGCUCUUGAAGAAAUAAACAACAGUUCACAUAUUCUUCCUGGUUUGUCUCUGGGAUAUAAGAUUUUUAAUGCUUGUAGUUCAGUGGCUUUAGCUAUAAAAGCUGCACUGGCAUUAAUGAAUGAGCAGCAAAAGGAAAUUAAUCUAAACAACUCCUGUACCAAGUCACCCUCUGUUCAUGCAAUAAUAGGGCUAUCUGGAUCAUCACAGACAAUUGGACUUGCAACAACUGUUGGACCCUUUAACAUACCUGUGAUUAGUCAGUUUUCAAGUUGUGCCUGUCUCAGUAAUAGAAAGAGGUUCCCUUCAUUCUUCAGGACAAUUCCAAGUGAUUAUUACCAAAGCAGAGCCCUGGCAAAGCUUGUGAAGCACUUUGGAUGGACCUGGGUUGGAGCCAUUAGAAGCAACAAUGAUUAUGGCAAUGAUGGGAUGGCUACCUUUGUAAAGGCUGCCCAGCAGGAGGGGAUCUGUAUUGAAUACUCAGAGGUCAUUUUUCGAACUGACUCCAGAGAUAAAUUCCUUAAAGUUGCUGACAUUGUCAAAAGAUCAACUUCUAAAGUAAUUGUGGCUUUUACAUCUUACAUAGAUUUGGAAUUAUUAGUGAAAGAGUUUUUGAUACAGAAUCUCACAGGUUUCCAGUGGGUGGGCAGUGAGGCAUGGGUUACACACAGCAGCCUUGCAUCAAAAGAAGGCUAUCAAGUCCUGGGUGGAGCCAUUGGCUUUGCAAUUCCAAUCGCACAGAUACCAGGACUGAAAGAAUUUAUAGUAAAUGGUCGACCAUCAAACACACUUGGAAACACUGGCUUAAAUGAGUUUUGGGAGAGUAUUUUCAACUGUACACUAAAUUCUCACACCAAUACAUAUGUUAAAACUUGCACAGGAACAGAGUCCUUAAAAGAAAUAAAUAAUCAAUACACAGAUGUAUCUGAACUGAGGAUAUCCAACAAUGUGUAUAAAGCAGUGUAUGCUGUAGCUCAUUCACUUCAUGAUCUAAUGACAUGUCAAAAUGGACACGGACCUUUUGACAACAGAACAUGUGCAAACAAACACAGACUAGAAACCUGGCAGGUGCUACAUUACCUCAAGACAGUAAAUUUCACAACCAGGAGUGGAGAAAAUAUCUUUUUUGAUGACAAUGGCGAUCCAGUGGCACGAUAUGCAAUUGUGAACUGGCAGAUAAACAAGCAGGGAAUCAUAACUUUUGAAACUAUUGGUCUAUAUGAUGCCUCUUUACCGGAAGGACAGCAGUUCAUAAUGAAAGAUGUUAAUAUUAUUUGGAAGGGUGAUCACACUAAGGUGCCGAAGUCAGUUUGCAGUGAGAGCUGCCUUCCAGGGACUCGUAAGGCCAUUGAGAAAGGGAAGCCAGUCUGCUGCUUUGUUUGCAUCCCCUGUGCAGAGGAAGAGUUCAGCAACACUAUAGACUCCCUGGGAUGUACCUUGUGUCCUUCAGAAUACAGACCAAAUGAACAACAGGAUCAGUGUCUCCUUAAAACAACUGAAUUUUUGUCCUUUGGAGAAUUAAUGGGAAUACUUCUAGUCACAUUUUCAUUGCUUGGUACUUGCCUAACUAUAGCAAUAGCUGUUAUAUUUUAUCAAUACAGAUUUACUCCAAUAGUAAGGGCCAAUAACUCUGAACUGAGUUUCCUUCUGCUCCUUUCACUGACACUGUGUUUCCUCUGUUCACUUACUUUCAUUGGCCAGCCCUCUGACUGGUCCUGUAUGUUGCGCCACACAGCUUUUGGGAUCACAUUUGUCCUGUGCAUCUCUUGUGUUCUGGGGAAAACAAUAGUGGUGUUAAUGGCCUUUAGGUCUACACUGCCAGGCAAUAACAUUAUGAAAUGGUUUGGGCCCAGACAGCAACGGUUAAGUGUUCUUGCUUUCACACUUGUACAGGUCUUGAUUUGUGUUCUUUGGUUGACAAUAUCACCUCCUUUUCCAAACAAGAACAUGAAAUACUAUACAGAGAGAAUCAUUUUAGAAUGUGACUUUGGAUCAAACAUUGGAUAUUAUGUUGCAUUAGGAUAUAUAGGAUUCCUCUCUGCCCUGUGCUUUGUACUCGCUUUCCUGGCUCGGAAGCUGCCUGAUAACUUCAAUGAAGCCAAAUUCAUUACAUUCAGCAUGCUCAUAUUCUGUGCUGUCUGGAUCACCUUUAUCCCAGCUUAUAUCAGCUCCCCUGGGAAGUUCACAGUGGCUGUGGAAAUAUUUGCAAUUUUGGCUUCAAGCUUUGGUUUACUUUUUUGCAUAUUUCUGCCAAAAUGUUAUAUUAUUCUACUGAACCCUGAGAAAAAUACAAAAAAGCAUUUAAUGGGCAAAAUGCCCUCCAAGUCAUUGUAA